AAAUUUAAGAUAAACUCACCGUUGCCUUGAAGUAUCAUUACUUUCUUCGUGGACAAAACCAGAUAUUUUCUUCAUAAAACCGUACAAUUCUGUGAAACCAUGGCCACUGGCGACGACGGCAUACUUGGUUCGGUCCAAUCAUCAUUGUCGAUAUCUUCGAUGGAAACCAAGUUCGAUGAUGUCGAGGGUAAUGUGGAGAACGACGUCGAGGACGACGUGGAGAACGGAGAAUCUGUGAUCGAACAGGAUAUACCUGUCCCCGCAGUCGCCCAAUCCGGUGCCAUUUCGGACACAAUCGACGGCAUCGAAGACAUGCUGAGCGGUGACACGACCACGGCCGACGGGACAGUCAUCCCGCAGGGGGUCAUAGUAAACAUCACCUGUAUCCUAUUCGGUGACUUUGCAGCGACGUUCAUCGCUUGUGCCAUCGUAACCAAUAUCGCCAUUUUCGGGCAGCAGUUCUUGCACUACGACGGCCACGACGUCGAGAAGACGAACCUGAUCGUCAUGGGAAUCGAUGCCGCGUUCUAUCUGCUGACGGGAUGUGUUACGGACUGGUUUGGAGGUUACUCCACAGCCAUGCAUAUCUACGGAAAAUUCUGCUUUAUAGGAACCUGUAUCUUACCUUUGCUUACGUUCAACUGGUCAAUCAUUGGUCCUACAUAUGGGAUAUCUGUUCCAAUUCGUCGUAUAUUCUUCUAUGCGGCCCGAAUCGUCACAGGCUUAGGCGUGUGUGGCAUCCAAGCGACAUCGCCUCCCUUCGCGGCGAGGCAGAUCGAGAAGUAUGGAAGUGCGAGCGUCCAAAGUUGCUUUCACUACAUUUACAUGGCAAUCCAGUGCGCCCCUCUUCUAGCUUUGACAGGUUUGUCCUUUGUCCAGCUCAACGUGUCAUUCUUAUGUGGAUACCUGUCGACUGUAGCUUUCAACAUCUUCACCAUGCUGCUGUUCAAGUAUGUCCGGACUGAGGUUCGUCAGAGCAUCCCUGACAAAGGAAAUGCAGCUGCUUCGAUCCUGGCAUGUGCAGCCCAUGAAAUAAAGAGUAAGCUUGCAACGUGCUCUACAUUUUGCCACUGCAACUGUUGCCCCAAUCUCUGCUCUUCCGUCCAAUCUGACGAUGAAGAAAAUAUGCAGCUCCUUUGUGAGUGCGCUCCAAAGUCCAUCUCGACAUCUGCUAACGGUACAGAUUUAGUGAAGCCAUCAUCAUCAUCAUCAUCAUCAUCGAAGGACAAAUCCUCAACUACCGAUCCAGCAACCACGACAACUACCCACGAAAGCAUCGAACUGUCCGUAGCGAAACCUGACAUGUCUACAACAGCCAACGCCUCAAGAAUUGAGUCGAAGGACACUUCCUCUAACGACGUUCCAGCUUACACAAUAAAUAACAACGGAAGCACUAUAAUAACCGUAGCUAAGCCGCCUACAACACCUAACCUGUCAGGAAAUGACUUGAAGAAAAGAUCCGCUACCAUCAAUUCAGCAACAACGACAACUACUUACGGAAGCACUGAACAGUCUGAACUAGCAACGUCUACUGAAAUUCUUCCUGAGUCAUUCCGCCAUUGUUUGUGGGUCGGUUACGCAAUGUUGCUUCUCUCUUGCCAAGUACCGUACAGUAUCAUGCGUUACCAGAUUGGCACGUCCUAUGUGAGUCAGGCGAUGCGGAUGAAGCCGUCGAUAUUAGGGCAAAAUAUUAGCCCCUCUCUCCUUCAGCAAUGCUUGCCUCUGGUAGGCAUCGCUAUCACCCCUGUCGUUAAUGUUUACAUCUACCCCUACAUCAGUACAAAAAUUUACCACACUGACGAUGGCGAAGAGAAUCAUGCUCGGCAUCAUCUUGGCGACGCUGUCUGUCUUUUGCGCCGCCAUUGUUGAGACGGCUCGGAUGAUGUUCAUCGAGCGAGGCGACUCCUUCGUCCAGGAGAUCAACAAC